UCCCCGCCCCUCGCGACGCAACAUGCGGCACAUCGUUACAGGCAAACCGAGCGCCGCCACUGUCUUCGCGGACCUGUGUCCAAGAGGGUCAGCUGAGAGGAGAGGACGCCAGUGCAGCGCCGCCGUGCAGAUGGAGUCGGUACCGGCAGGCCGUGGCCGCCCGUCAGCGUCAGCGCCGCUCUUGGAGCCGACGAGCUGGAGGAGGAGCGCCUGCCUGCUGGACCACCUCCUGUGAUCGGACCGGCUUCUGCUGCCCACCGCGAGUGUUGGGACGGGAAAACAAAUUGUAAACUUGAUUUUUUUUAAAUCCCCUCAUGAUGCCGGUGGGCGCCGGGUAGGGGAUCAGGGGGUCCAGGCAGGGGCCUCCGGGAGAGCCCAGAGCUUCACAGUUCAAGUCUAACUCCACUAACGCUAAUGGAUUUGAAGAGAGUGCUGUCCUUCCCACCGUACCCCGGGGACUACCUGCAUCCAGUGGUGUACGCCUGCACCGCAGUCAUGCUGCUCUGUCUGCUCGUCUCCAUCAUGACCUACGUAGUCCAUCACAGUGUGAUCCGCAUCAGCAGGAAUGGCUGGCACACACUUCUUAACUUCCUUUUCCACACGGGGCUGACGUUUGGUGUUUUUGCCGGGGGCAUCAAUCAGAUCAACUUACCUUUUGUCUGUCAAAUCGUUGGCAUUGUGCUCCACUAUGCUUCUUUGUCUACCAUGCUGUGGCUGACGUUUACUGCUAGAAACAUCUUUAAAGAUGCAUUGAAAGACCCGCUUCGCACCCAGAAAAGGGAUGGGACGGGUCGGACUCGCAGAAAACCUACUGUCCUCAGAUUUUAUCUUGUGAGUGAUGGAAUCCCUCUCCUAAUUGUUGGAGUUACAGCAGCAUUUGGCAUGGAUAACUAUGGCAGCCGGGAUGAAGCUUUGUAUUGCUGGAUGGCAUGGGAACCAAGUUUAGGAGGUUUCUAUGGCCCCAUGUGUCUUUUGGUCUUAGUCAUGUCCGUGUACUUCCUGUGCACAUACAUCCAGCUGAAACGCCACCCACAGAAGAAGUAUGAGCUACGAAUUCUAAGUGAAGAGCAGCAGCAGUUAUCAUCUAGCGAGUCGAACCAUCACUGCCCAACUGACACUGGCGGAGUUUCUGGGCCCCCGGGGGACUGUCAGCCAUUUGCAACAGGCGUGUCGGUGCUGGCCAAUGAGCACUCAUUUAAAUCUCAGCUCCGGGCCACUGCCUUCACCCUCUUCCUGUUCCUGUCUACCUGGGCUUUGGGAGCGUUGGCCGUGUCACUGGGACAUUUCCUGGAUAUGAUAUUCAGCUGCCUGUAUGGGGCUUUUUGUGUCACUCUGGGGCUCUUCCUUCUCAUCCAGCACUGUGCCAAACGUGAUGACGUGUGGCACCGCUGGUGGGCUUGUUGCCCGUCCAAGUCCAAGUGCGAGGAUGGGGAUCGGGACGUGAACGGACAGAGCCCAAGGCACGAGCUCCAUCAGCCACACUGCCACCUGGUUUCCCCGUGCUCCGGCAAGCAGCCUCUGCUCGCUUCUCACCUCGUUCAGGGUUCUUGCCACAAAAUGACGCCGCCCUCCCAGAGCCCUAUUCCCAAUCACACGGGUCCAUGUUGCGUGGCCGUGAUGAGUCCUGUUACCGCAGCCCCCAUGUCACCUCUCGCUGAGCCACUGCCUUCACCGUGUCUGCAGGCGCUUUGCGACGAGCUCCCACGUCCCGCUCUCCCUCUACAGGGCUGCCUUAAUGACAGAUCAAAGUCGCGCUCCUUCAACCGCCCGCGUCCGUGCCUCCAAGACUACCGCUUGCACUUGACCUCCACCAGUAUGGACGGGAGUGGCUACAGCUCGCACCUCGACAGCCCUCAUGCAGCGCACCACCUCGAAGGCUCACCAGUGGCUCCCACCAGCCCACACCCAGACCUCCAGCUUCCCUGCCUGAGCCCCUACUUGGAAAAGCAUCUGGCUUCCUGCCACAGCUUGCAACACCAGGACUCCUGCCACAGCGUGCAAGAGUCGAUAGCUUCGGGUCACAGUCGGACACACAACAUGCACGACAGCAUUACUUCCUGUCACAGCCUCCUCCUGCCUUCUCAUGGGAGCAACACCUGCCAGUGGCACAUGUACAGCUCAGGUGAUCAAUCCUCCACGACAAGCUGCUGUGAGAAACCCGACUCAUUUGCCUUGCAGUACAAGCAAGACCCCGAAACAUACAGCUGCGUGUCGAAGGCAGCAGAUAAAGAGAAGGAUAGUCUUUGUGUAGAGGUGGAUCAGAAAGGUUUCCCUAGAAAUACUUUGCCUCGGCAGCAUGGAACCAUCAGCAGGCGAGGUACAAUCGGCCGGAACAGGAGCCUGCAGGAAGACGGCCUCUUCGGUUCGGACGCCACUGGCAACAUUCGGACUGGCCCUUGGAAGAAUGAAACCACUGUAUAGUUUCUUACACUUGUACCUUGUACCUUAACUUACCACACCUUCCAGCAGCCUUGCAAUCAAAUGACUCCUUUAAGCGUUUGGGUGGUCUCAAUGAAUUCAGCUAUGUCCUUUGAACCACAGGUGGAGUUUUCAACGAGGCCACGUAUUCUAAGGAUAUUUCUAAACCUCCUCAUGACAAGGUUAUCUUUAAGUGUUUUGCCAAUCCAUUUUUGCAAGGAAUAUUCAAACCCAAGAGAUGUUCAAUUAGUUUUUGAUGAAUAUUCUAGUUUAAAGUUGCAAUCAGUGCUCUAUGGCAUUCAAGGGGCACACCGGACAGUAGUUAGCGGUGACAGAGUCAGACGGUCAUUAGUUGGACACCCCCCCAGUUCCACAUUCACCCUACAGUCAGCAGGGAUGCAGGUCAAAUGGAAGGAAUACUACCUAGAUGUCUUCAAAGAUUUAGAACCUGAUCCCAAACAGACAUGUGGAAGAAAAUAUCCAAACUCAAUGGACAUUACGAGUUGUUUUAAAGAAGAUCCUCAACCAGAAGAAACUUGAGGGAAGUCUGAGUCAAUCUCAACAGAUUCAAAGACCCCUAAAACUUGAAAAAUGUAUGACAGUUGAUGGCGGUUCAUAAUUAAUGUUGUACACUAGUCAUUGCUAUGUUGUGAGAGAAGCUACAUUGACCUUUAAAAUAUUAACUAUUUCAGUCAUUGGUUAAUCUGCUGAUUAUUUCUUUGAUUAUUGCAUUAUUAUUGGAUAAAAAAAGAAAAAAGCUAUUACUUUCAGCAAGUUUUACAGAAUGAAAACUUUAUUUAUCGUCCUCUCCUGUCCUCCUGUACAAUGCACCUACAAAUUCUUACUCUAAAGAGAAGGGGGGCGUCAUUUCAUGUUGAUCGAUUGAGCCACACAAAAAAAGUUAGGUAAACAGUAAAGAGAGAUUGAAAAUAGGUUUGACACUUCACAGCGUUAAAAAAGAAAGAUUGAUACCUUGUACUUCUGGCUUAAACGUGGGUUUUUCCACUCACAGUCUAUACUUCAAGGUAGUGAGUAUUGGGUCUGUCUAUUAAACUUGGCAGUCACGGGGGGAACCCUGACCCCUUAAUAUUUGAAAACUCACUUAAAAAAAGUUUUCAUAUAUAUAUAUAAGCCAUAUCUAAGCCAGAAGCAUAGAAUAUGCUGAUUGCACCUUUAAAUACUUGGAUUGAUUGCUUUCUUAAAGUUCUGUAUUGGUCAGUUUAUUAUGUUAUGUGUCAGUUUAUUAUGUUUCUAAUGAUGUUGCUGGACAUGAUAUCAAUUUAAAUGUGAGUGGUUACACUUGUGAAAACACUGCAAGCAUGUGUAUGUUUUUUUAUGUGUAAAAGUGCAUGAGUAGACAUCCAGAUGUGGCGUGGUUUUGUGCUGCGUUUAUUAUCAUUCAUUCACCCUUGCAGAAAUGUAAAUGUAUGAUAUGAUUAUUCCAUGAAAUCUACAAAGAUCUUUCUAUGGAGACAACUAAUCAAUGCUGCCAAAUGGAGUCACUAGACUCUCGUCUUACAAAUAUUGCACUAGUAUGUACUACUGUAACUCAUCUAGUGAGAUAAUAAUUCCAAAAGAACGACCCUACAAUGUGCGCUAAAGCACAAACUUUGUAUAGUGCCAAAAAGAUGUGCCAGCUUUCACUGUGAUGAGAUACUAAACACAGCUCCCUCUCAAUAUGUUUUGAGAGAUUACAUCUUGUUUGUAGCAUCAUACAAACUUAAACUCAGGUUUUACAAGAUCAUCAGCGGCCCCUUUCAAGUGGCUCCCGAAACGUCCACCUGUUAUCUCCAGAGAGGUGUUUUCAUAACCACUCAAGCGCGCCUUCCUUCAGGAAGAAUCAAGCUUUACUUUGUGUUUCAUGCAACCGGCUUGAAAAACUCAUUGGUGACCAGACUGGCUCUGUUCGGGUUUUCUGUCAGGUCUAGUGUGCUCUUAAAUCUGUCAAGCUCACAAAAGUCUUCACAAAAAAUACACUUGCUUUCUUGUCAUCUCGGUUAUACAAAGUUGGUGUGAGGAGCUAUCGCCAUAGAGCAAUUAGCCUAGCUUAGCAUGAAGUUUAAAGAAUGUUAAGCAAACAGUGGUUCUUCAAAUAUCUUUACCACUACCAAGACAAAACACCCCAAAAGUAAUCAUAUUUAAUUCUUCAUAAGAAUUGUUGGCAACAAGUGAUAAUAUUAUUACAAUAUCAUUUCAUUUUCUCUGCUGAAAAUUUCACAGCAUGCAUACAGCAACAAGAUGCAAAUGAGAUUUAUUUUGUCAAACUUGAUCCUGGUUCAGCAUGCAAAGAUCAGUUGAAAAAAGGCUUUGUCUCUUUUUUUCCUUAGGAAACAACUCCCUUGUUUAGUAUUUAGCAGUACAUUUGGAACAAGUGAAAGUGUUGUGUGUUUCAUUCUAUUUUUAGGACCAUAAUCGGGCCUCCAUACUGGAGCUAAAUUUGAUUUAAGGAAGGAACGAUUUAUAUCCCCGUUAUUUAUUGUAGGUUCUAACACAGAUAUUCACUUAUACGUUGGCAUACCCCCUUUCGAUGUAGGCGUGGGUGUGGUUGCUAAGCGACACCAACCUUCAGCCUCCUGUUGAUGACUGUGUACAUGUGAAGUGUCGUUGUGUCCCGUUCCCGGGCCCCCGAGGCAGGGAUCCCCGUUGGUGUCAAAAUGACACCCAAGGAUGCUAUCCAAACAUGAAACCUUUUUCUCUUUACUACUGUGGAUUUCUCAACAGCGUAAAAUAACAAAUUGACACCUUGGAGGACAAAGGGUAACUACAAAUAUGAGCACUAUGUGUUGCCUGCACCAGAAAUAAAGAUUACUGUGAUACACUG